AUGUUGCAUUCUAGAAGGUCGCGGGAAAGUAAGGCUAUAGACUCAGAAGCAAUGGCAGCUGCAGCUGCCAUUGGACGAGCCCUUGAUAACAGAGGAACUCGGGUGGAGACAGACAAAUUACCGCGCUACAAUAGUGCGUCUCGUUCAAAUUCAAUGGUGCGCUCCACAUCAAUGGGUGGCAGACAGAAUAGUUUACGCACCAAACGAGAUUCGGUGCGUGCGUCGAGUUUGCAAGGAAAAACGUCCAGACCCAGGAAUAGCAUUGACGAAAGCGAGUUUUUUGACGCACAAGACACUUUCCAUCGGUUUGGUGGACCGCAGGCCCAAACCAAGCCAGCGACAGUUAAAAAAUAUGUGCCGGGGCCAACUGGCUUGAGAUUGGUGGAAGUCCCAGUAACAGAUGUGAAGCCACCAUCCAGUAGACGCUCAAGUCUCACCAGACGUUCACCCUCUCUCAAUAGUGGUCUUCAUGCACGCAGUGAUUCUUCACGCAGUAGCUCUUUGCGUAACAACUCUUUGCGGCGGAAAUCAUCACUCAACUCUCAGUCUUCAGACCCCAGAGCCACCAUACAAGAAAAGGUCGCCACACGUCAAAAAGCUGAGGCCCCAAAUAGUCCCCUUCGAAACACAAACAUUCGCAACACUUUGGUACAACAGUCGCUCGAAGAAGAGACGGACGAACAGCUCCAGAACGAAAGUCUAACGAGAGAUACUGUUAACCCUAUAAUUAUGCCUUCGUCGGCAUUAAAGUCAUUGGAAACUAAGAACCACAAACCCAAAGCGGAUUUUGUUGAGCUAGAAACGCCUCCUACAAUCAAGCUUACGAGCAAGUCGUCCCCAUCACCACCCAAUAUUCUUAUUUCUCCUCCAGGUGAGGACAUCUCAGACGAGCGUCAAAUUGGAACUGAUCCGAGCUUGGAUUUCUCGAGUACGACCAGCGACGCUAACGCACCAACUAAGACCGUUGAAGAUGUUAUAAAGGAAGAUAGCCUGGCAGGCGAAACUCCAGUGUCUGAAAGAACACAGCCGGCCACGACUCCAAGCCAAAAUGUUGCUAAAAAAGAAGGAGAAUCAGGGAACAGUAUGGCCAAAUACAUUCGGUCUGCUAAUAAGUACCUGAACAAAGCUCAUGAAGUGACCAAUGAUGAUAAAGGAGGUUCUCAAGAUACCACUCUGAAAGGCAGUAAUGAUGCAGCGUUAAACGGAACUCCCGACUCACAUCCACUGGCUAGAGUGAGUUCCCCUAUGAAAUCUGCACUCAAGCGUUCUACGAGCAACAAUUCUGGCAAUGAUCAUCACCCUCGUGAAUCGAAUUCCACCGCUAAUGACGCGUAUGUGUCUUUGGCAACCGCACAGAAUACAAGGCUGAAUGCGCAGCUUGCUACUGAACCUAGCAAACGUCAGCCAUCGGUACGUAAAGCGAGACCUCAAUCUAUGACAAACGGGAGAGCUCCUAAAAAGGAUGAUUCAACCAGACAAAAACACCACUCCUUCCAGCCCCUGCCUCAACCGAAUAUUCAGCCGCCUGCAAGGUCUCAGAGACGUCCGGACUCAUCAACAAGGAAUCGGACCCCAAAAGCCGCCGGUGAUUCCAAGGGACAGUCGCGUAAUAAUCCUUCAAUCUUUUAUCCACCAGAGCCACCACAGAAACGUUCAAGCUUCGAGAGAGAAAGGCCUAACCAAUCACACAUGGCUUUCAAAAAACUUUCGUUGAGAGACUCAAUGGUUGGUACUGCGAACGAUGAGACGAAUGGCACUCACACCGAUGGAUCCACGCCAAACAAAGGACAGGUGUCUGGUGCACCUUUCCAGACUGCUUUGUCGUCGGGGGAAAAAUGGAACUCGAGAUUUCAGGAUUCUGACUCCGAAGAUGAAGGGAAUGCGAUUCCACCACCAGCACGAGUAGUAGCCACGAACACUCCUGCCAAAACUGGCGUCUUCUCUAAAAAGAGUAAGAAAGUUCCUUCGUUUGAACCGCCACAACCCCGAUAUGUCCAGUCCACAUCUGUUCCCAACUCCAAGCACAAUACACCGAAUAAGAAAUUCAGUUCUUUGUCUCUCCGGUCCGCGAGCAGUACCGUUAAGGCUUCACCUGCAAAGAACGGCAAUAACUUAAGUAACAGGUUCUUGAGUGAACAGCUGCCCCCUGGAGGAUCAGAAGAGGAAAGGCCGGUGAAGAAGCAAAGCUUCGGUAAAAAGCUGAAAAAGCUAUUUGGUAGAAAGAAAUAA